AUGCCUGCCGAUGAUCCAUUUUCGUUCGUCGCUGCCGAGCAGCCCAAGCCCAUCAAGGACAAGAAGCCUCACUGGAGAGGCAAGCUAUUCUCCAAGGACAAGAAAGACCGCUCGACCCCCGACCAGCAGAUUCAAGAUUUCCUUGCCUCCAAUCGUCCCAUCACAGACAAAUUCGCUGCCCCCAAGGCGGACCCGAGAGACGCUUCGCCUACCAUCUCAACCCGCCAGCUCCCUCCUUCAGCUCACAAUGUCGCCCAAAUCCCUGCUCCCUCCAUCCCAUCUCCUUUGAACGAGAGUUAUGCCGCCUUCAAUUUCACCGACCAUAGACCGCCCGAACCCCGAGCACAGCCCCGGGAAGUCCCUCACCCUCGUGAGGUCCCCCAACCGCGUGAGGUUCCCAAGCUGCGGGAACUGCCCCAACCCCCGACGAACCCUCAUAAACCUCGCAAGGGCAAGGGUCUCCGCGUGGGAUUCUCAGAAAGGACUCCUGAAAUUAUUGGAGAAGGCGGCGACGAAACGGAAACUCCCACGAUCGAGAUUUCUUUCUCGCGCAAACGGCCGCGUGACAGACAGGUCGCAGAGCAACAGCUGCAAAGAGCCCCCUCGCGCUCGCCAAACCCGUCGCGCGCGCACCUGCCAGCAUUAACCGUCAACACCUCGCUGGGCGAUGGUGAGCCACGAUCGCGCCGGGCUGGCACCCCGCAGGAACAGCGAGGUGGGACGAGCCCCAACUCCUGGAGGCCGUCUCUCCUGCAUAACCAACACGAUGCGGAAUUCCUCAGCACCUUGCACAUUGAAAAACCGGGGUCGCGUCUAUCCUUCCGAGGAUCGCCCGACUCUCAUUCGACUGCGGAGCGCGUGCGGGAUCGGAUGCAGGCGGAGGAAGGACGUGCGCUGCAACAGCACCGGUUCGACGACGACGACGAGACCGAUGUCUCGAGCCCCGAAGUACCUCCCUCGCACAGCCCAAGAAGUCCAAAUGAGUCCGUUUACGAUUCGAUCUACGAGACGCCUCCCUAUUCAGCCACCGCCCCUUCUGUCAAGUCAGUUGUGCAUUCGAUUCGCAACCCUCCCAGCCCAGUUGUUCAGCGUGCUCAACCAAAUAUCAGUCCUAUCGAUCCACGUAUGCCUUUCAAUCUCACACCUGGAAUCCCAACAAAGCCUUCAUCUGGAGCUCCCAAGGUUCUCACACAUGAGCCGCAACCAGCGCCUCCUGUAAACCGGAUGGCAUCCCCAUCGGCACGAGAGCUUCAGCGCAGUCCUCAACCUCCAUCCAUGAAUCAGCUUUCUUCUCCAUCCAUGAAUCAGCUUUCUUCUCCAUCUACUGGAUCCAGCCGAGAACCAUCGCGAAGCCCUCAACCUCCCAAAAUUUCUCUGCGGUCCGUCGCCAACCAGGUAGGCGAUAACGCCUUUAGCGAAUUCAAAGAGUAUAUCGGCAGAUAUGACCGUCAUCUUCACUUGUCUGCCGAGCAGGUCAAGCCGCUGGUAGAGACAUCUUUAUCAGAAUGGAUCCGGGCCGCGGUGUGGUGGUUCUUGCGAGGCAAGACACGGCUCGAAUCUUAUGCGCGCUCUCGCAAUUCGGCACCUGUGACCUACGCCAAGCAGGCCGUCGUCGACCUGGGCAAAUCCUUCUGGAUUAACGAGAAUAUCGUUCCUGGGCAUUAUGAGCUCUCCCGCUACGGUUCCAUGGGCAUUGACGCCCUCCUGGCAGUAGCCAGUACCACGGGUGAUACGGAGAUGGUCGAGCUUUUGAGCCUUCACCAGACUAUGCUCAAUCACCUCCGUUCCCUCUCCAUGUCCAUCAAGCGCAACAACAUUCUCGCUGCUAUUCUUGCCGACGACGAACACUCUCCCAGCCAACUCGAUACCAGCGUCUGGCUACGAUACCCGUUCUUCGCCCCGGAUGUGUCCGCCGUUCUGUCUGGUAGUGCGUCGCGAUCGAUGUUGGCCGAUGCACCGGGCAAGACGCCGAGUAUGGUACAUAUGAUGCCUCUGGGAGACACGAGUCGCUUCUUUAGCUACGGCAGCAUGUUUGUGCAAGCCUGCGUGAGCUCGAGAGACGAUGAAGGUCAGCAGUACGCCAUGCCGUGUGCGUUGACGAUUAUCCGCGAGAGGUCCGACUGGUACGUGUUUGCGGCGAUUACGAGUCAAAGUUCACUAGUCAAUGUCAUGAUCCAAUGCGAUCGCAAGCAGGGACCUACCUGGGAUGAUGUGGAGUGGCAGGUGCGGAGUAACUCGAUGCGCGUGAAGCUACCCCGUGGAUUCGAGCUCGAUGUCAUGUUUAAGGAAGAUGACUUCAAGACGUUAUGGAAUAUUGUCAGGUACACGCAAAAGUCGGAGGCAAGUUUGUCGCCCGAGGCUGGGGAAACCGUUGUUUUCGAGAAUACCCUCAAGGUUUUCCAGUAUAUGGACUCUGGGACACCCAAGGCGUUCCCUUCGGAUCCGAUGGAGCGCUGUCGGAUUCGUUUGUUUGAGCGGCAGGUCACAGUGACGGAGGGCACCGGCUCGCGAAACGCCCAUCGCGGGUUCCGUCUUGCCGUGCUGACUAGUCCCAAGGUGAAGACUCUCAGUAACGUCAAGCACGUCCUGGGAUAUGGGUCACCCGUCGUGUUUGGUCUGUUGCGCGGUGAAGACGGUAGCCCCGCGCUUCUCUUGAAGGUCACUGAAGACGGACGCACGCGGUCCAUGUUGAUGACUUUCCAUGAAGUGGUGGACCGGACGAAGAUCCACUCUGUCCUGUUGAGUAUGGUGCCUCGGGAGAACGAAACGAAGACGCGGGAGUUCCAAUUCCGCUCUUAUGCAAUCGAGGAGCCUGGGGAUCCAGCUGGUGCGCGCGUUCCUACUACCCAUCUCCAGUUCCCGGCUGGUAACGCAACGGUUAUCGAUCAAGAACAUGCCUUUGUGGAUCAUGGCUAUGGUCCGACAAUUCUGUCGGAACAUUUGCGGGCUUUCAUUGCUACGGAGUGGGGAUCUGUCACCGACCGGAUCAACCUAGGACCUGGUGAGCUCAAGCUCGGGCUGGAUGUGAAUCGAAUCACUGGCAUGAGUCUGUUCCGUCCUGCGCAGCAGGAUCUUACCGUCUCGCUGGCGGAUAACCUGAUUCGACCCGAGAUGCCGGACCAGAUUUCGGAGUUCCUGCAAAAAGCCACGGCUAAGGCGAUGGUUCGUCGGUUUGAGUUUGCUUCGAUGCAAGAUCUCCAUGGCUUUGAAGAAGCCGUGACUGGCUUCAAGGUCAUCUACGACGGAAUCGCCUCCUCCUUUACUAUCUCCCGUCGCCGCAUGGUCGUUCCUAUCUACAAGAAAUGGGAAGCCAGCUUAGCCCGCAUUCAAAUCGUGCGGCAAGAGAAGAUUACCCAACUCAUCGUCUUUUUCGCCGAUUUCCAACAUGGCACCUGCAUGAACUUUGUGCUCAAGGGCACUGAUCAUAUUGAAUCCUUUGGGCGCUCGGGCAAGUUUGGCAUUCGUAUUGUGGAUGCCAAGUUUGCGCUGCCGAAGAAGGACGAGGAUCCUGGGUCGGACUUUGUGUGCUUGGAUUUGCCCGAGUAUCCCAUUGAACAUGACGAUAUUACUAUUACAUUUGAUAAGGAGCUUGAUCGCACCAACUUCAAGGUCGCCUUACCUGGAUCUGUCCGUGAGCCAUCUCGAAUGGGAUCACUCCGCCGAUAG